CGGGUCCUUUAGUCAAUGUGGGAAAACGGAGACCUGCUGGGCGUGAUCAAGGCGGGCGAUGCCCAGGGCGAAGCCGCACGUGUGUGCCUGCGCGGCUGCCCCUUUUGCAGUGACCACCACGAGUGUCCCACGAACGGGCUCGCUGCCUGUAGUAUCAGCAACAACGACAGAGGCGGCCGCGCUGUGCACGCGAGGACCCACCUGGACCCAUGCCCUUCCCGCGGGGGACGCGGGCGGCAUCGCCAGCCCGGCGCGGCCCCGGGACGCGAACCCGGGCUCCGGCGGCUCCGCCUGCGGUGUCCGCCUGUAGGGGGCGCCCUCGCGCCUGCCUCCACCGGCUCGUCUCCGCUCCGCGGACGCGCGCGCGCUGCCUCACGCGACGGACGCCCGGGCUGCCGUCAGUCCCGGCUCGCGUGCGUGCGCGUGCGUGCUGGUGCGGGCGUCGUGCGUGCGCGCGCCCGGCGGCCCAGAAAGCGGCGCCCGGAGCCUGAGGCGGCGGUGGUUAGGCGGCUCCCGGCGGCUCCCCGCGGCGGUGACGGCGCCCCGCGCCCCGCGCCCCGCGCCCCGCGCCCCGCUCCCCGCGCCCCGCGCCCCGCGCCCCGCGCCCCGCGCUCCUCCGCCCGGGCCCGCCAGCCGAGGCCGCUCCCCGGCGCCGGAAGAUGCCGGCCGUGUCCAAGGGGGAUGGGAUGCGGGGCCUGGCGGUCUUCAUCUCGGAUAUCCGCAACUGGUGUGGUAACUGCAGCCACAAGUCUGAUCACCACUUUGGCACAGAAGAACCCAGAAGAGUUUAAAACCUCCGUGUCUCUGGCCGUCUCUAGGCUAAGCAGAAUCGUGACGUCCGCAUCAACAGAUCUUCAGGAUUACACUUACUAUUUUGUCCCUGCUCCCUGGCUGUCUGUCAAACUGCUGAGGCUGCUGCAGUGCUACCCACCCCCAGAAGACCCUGCAGUUCGAGGCCGCCUGACGGAGUGCCUGGAGACCAUCUUGAACAAAGCCCAAGAACCGCCCAAGUCGAAGAAGGUCCAGCAUUCCAACGCCAAGAACGCCGUGCUCUUUGAGGCCAUCAGCUUAAUCAUUCACCACGACAGUGAGCCGAACCUGCUUGUCCGCGCCUGCAACCAGCUGGGCCAGUUCCUGCAGCACCGGGAGACCAACCUGCGCUACCUGGCCCUGGAGAGCAUGUGCACGCUGGCCAGCUCUGAGUUCUCCCACGAGGCUGUCAAGACGCACAUCGAGACGGUCAUCAAUGCCCUGAAGACCGAGCGGGACGUGAGCGUGCGGCAGCGGGCCGUGGACCUCCUCUACGCCAUGUGCGACCGCAGCAAUGCCCCACAGAUCGUGGCCGAGAUGCUGAGCUAUCUGGAGACGGCCGACUACUCCAUCCGAGAAGAGAUUGUGCUGAAGGUCGCCAUCCUGGCCGAGAAGUAUGCCGUGGACUACACCUGGUACGUGGACACCAUCUUGAACUUGAUCCGAAUCGCUGGCGAUUACGUGAGUGAAGAGGUGUGGUACCGAGUCAUUCAGAUCGUCAUCAACCGGGACGACGUGCAGGGCUACGCGGCCAAGACCGUGUUCGAGGCUCUUCAGGCUCCUGCGUGCCACGAGAACCUGGUCAAAGUGGGUGGCUACAUCCUGGGGGAGUUUGGAAACCUGAUAGCUGGAGACCCGAGAUCCAGCCCGCUGAUCCAGUUCAACCUGCUGCACUCCAAGUUCCACCUGUGCAGUGUCCCCACCCGUGCGCUGCUCCUGUCCACCUACAUCAAGUUCGUGAACCUCUUUCCGGAGGUGAAGCCCACCAUCCAGGACGUGCUGCGCAGCGACAGCCAGCUGCGGAAUGCAGACGUGGAGCUGCAGCAGCGCGCCGUGGAGUACCUGCGGCUCAGCACCGUGGCCAGCACCGACAUCCUGGCAACUGUGCUGGAGGAGAUGCCUCCGUUCCCGGAGCGGGAGUCCUCCAUCCUUGCCAAGCUCAAGAAGAAGAAGGGCCCCAGCACGGUGACAGACCUGGAGGACACCAAGCGGGAGAGGAGUGUUGAUGUGAACGGGGGCCCCGAGCCUGCCCCGGCCAGCACCAGCGCUAUGUCUACGCCUUCUCCAUCGGCAGACCUGCUGGGUCUGGGGGCCGCCCCCCCGGCCCCUGCGGGCCCCCCACCCUCCUCCGGCAGCGGCGGGCUGCUCGUGGAUGUGUUCUCAGACUCGGCCUCUGCGGUCGCACCUCUCGCUCCUGGCUCCGAAGACAACUUUGCCAGGUUUGUUUGUAAAAACAAUGGUGUGUUGUUUGAAAACCAGCUGCUUCAAAUUGGACUUAAGUCUGAAUUUCGGCAGAAUUUAGGUCGGAUGUUUAUCUUUUAUGGGAAUAAGACCUCCACGCAGUUCCUGAAUUUUACCCCAACACUCAUCUGCUCAGACGACCUUCAGCCUCACCUGAACCUGCAGACCAAGCCUGUGGACCCGACCGUGGAGGGGGGCGCACAGGUGCAGCAGGUGGUCAACAUAGAGUGCGUGUCCGACUUCACAGAGGCGCCGGUCCUCAGCAUUCAGUUCAGGUAUGGGGGCACCUUCCAGAAUGUUUCUGUGCAGCUGCCCAUCACGCUUAACAAGUUCUUCCAGCCCACAGAAAUGGCUUCUCAGGAUUUCUUUCAACGUUGGAAGCAGUUGAGCAAUCCACAACAGGAAGUCCAGAACAUCUUCAAGGCGAAGCACCCCAUGGACACAGAGGUCACCAAAGCCAAGAUCAUUGGAUUCGGUUCUGCACUUCUAGAAGAAGUCGAUCCCAAUCCUGCGAAUUUCGUGGGAGCCGGAAUCAUACACACGAAAACCACCCAGAUUGGAUGCCUGCUGCGCCUGGAGCCAAACCUGCAAGCCCAGAUGUACCGGCUCACGCUGCGGACGAGUAAGGAAGCCGUUUCCCAGAGAUUAUGUGAAUUGCUGUCGGCGCAGUUCUAGUGGCAAGGAGGGAAGGCCAGGCUCGUGUGUCUUGCGUUUCCUUCGUCUGUGCUGUCUGUCUUCCUGGCCAUCCUGCAGAUGGGCGCCUCGUGUCCAGCGUCAUAGCACAUGGCGCCUCCCCGCCCCGCUGCUCCGGACCCCUCCCCUCUGGGCUGGACAGGAACACGCGUGUGUGGCUCAGGAGAAAAGCUCAGCCUGGACUGUGGCAGCCACGGCAGAAGGUGGAUUUUGGGAUCAGUUUUUAUAAAAAUCAAGACAGUUCUGUGGUUAAAUCUACAAAUUAAAGGGAAAUUAGAAGUUGACGUGAA